AUGUAUUCCGGCAGCGCCGAAUUCGAGACUUUCUUGUGCGAGCAGCUGGAGAAACUCAAAGUCGACACGGACGUCUUCAAGGAUUACGUCGUGGGCAUUCUUCAGGACGAGAAUGCCUCUCGAACCGAAAAAGUCGAGGCGGUCACUGAAAGCCUCCAGUUCGCCGUCGAAGAUGAAUCCGUUGCCGGUCUGGUUCCCGAUUUCGCCACAGAGUGUGUGGACAAAUGGGUGAAAGAAGUGGAAGAAGUGGAGCACCAGAAAAAGGCUGAGCAACAGGAGGCCGCUCUCAAGGAUGCAGUCAAAGCGCCGUCUCCGGCCGCAGCGGCGGCAACUCGCGGGACACCUGUCAAAUCGCAGGGCUGGGAAGACCCGCAAGACAAGGCGCUGAAGCAGCGCCUCAUGGACCAGUUUGCUUGGCAAGUGGACGAGGUCGUGGACUUUGAUGAAAAUGGAGCCGAGAUGCUGCGCACCUCCACCAAGAAGGAGUCGCAUGACCCUCUGGCCGAGGACAUGUUCCGCAACGACAAUCGCGCCCGGGUCGCCGCUGCGCAGCAGAUGGACCGCCUCAAAGCGAAGGCGCAGCACGAAGACGAACUUCGGAGACGGGCGGAGCAGAAGAAGCUGGAAGCGCUCAAGAAGGAGAAGGAGAAGAACCGAGUUGCCAAAAAAGAGAGACGCGCCGGCCGAUAG